UCUCGUGGUAGUGAGUGUCUGAAGCGCAUGUUACAGGCGGUUCGUGCUUUGCGGCGAGGAGCCGCACCAGCCGGUGCGCGAUGGUCGUUCGAAAGAUGUGCGUUGGUCGGAGCCUCUCCUUGGGAGACGGGUGGCAGUCGACAUCAACGGCGCCGGCAGUCCACCGUCGAUAGCAAGGUACAGGCUGAGAUCAUGGAGAAGUGCGACGAUCUUCACGCAAGCUUCAUCCAGCCCCUCAACGACAAGACGGCCGGGCCGCUGGAGAAGCUGCAAACGGGUGGUUAUCAGUCGACUAAGAUGCCGUUCGUCUUCGUGCUGGGAAACCACAGCUCCGGCAAGUCGAGCUUCAUCAACUACGUGUUGGGGAGGAACAUCCAGACGGCCGGGGUGGCUCCCACGGACGAUAGCUUCACCAUCAUCGCUCCGGGCCCCUCCGACCUUGAUCAGGACGGCCCUGCCUUGGUGGGCGAUCCCGACAUGGGGUUCUCCGGGUUGCGGCAGUUCGGACCUACUCUCACGCAUCACACGGAACUCAAGGUGCGCUCGGGCACUUCCACAAACUCGUUCAUGAUGGUGGACAGCCCCGGCAUGAUCGACAGCCCCAUGUCCCGGUCCAUCUACGAGCGCUCGGACCCCGACAGCCCCGCCGGCCGCGGCAAGGGUGCCGACACGAGCCGUGGCUACGACUUCGAGGGCGUCGUGCGGUGGUUCGCGGAGAGGGCGGACGUGAUCCUCCUGUUCUUCGACCCGGACAAGCCUGGCACCACGGGGGAGACGCUGUCGAUCCUCACCAACUCGCUGGCGGGUAAGGACCACAAGCUUUACGUGGUCCUCAACAAGGCGGACCAGUUCAAGAAGAUCCAUGACUUCGCCCGUGCCUACGGCUCUCUCUGCUGGAACCUCAGCAAGGUUAUCCCUCGCAAGGACUUGCCCCGCAUCUACACGAUGUGCCUGCCAGUGAAAUCCAGAGACGGCGGUGCCGGUGAAGGGGAGGUCGAGUUGUCGCUCAGCAGCGGCCUGCACGACUUGGAGGCCACGCGUGACGAUGUGGCGGCGGAGGUGAUGAAGGCCCCAAAACGCAGGAUCGACAACGUCAUCACCAGGCUCACGGACUCCGUUCACCUUCUCCAAGUGCACACCACCGUCCUGGACGCCUUGCAGAAAGACUACAGGAACGCCAAGCUGAUUCGGCACGGCACUACCUUCGCCGCCCUGGCCGCUGGAGGGGGCUUGUCCGGCGGAAGCGUGUUUCUCGGCGCCCCGAUAGAAAUGGCCGUCGGUGCCGCCGGUAUGGCGCUCGCCUCGGCUGGUGGUCUGCAGUUCUACAACUCGAAGGCGCUCAAAGCUAAGCAUGAAGAGAUGAUAUCCGUGGAAGGCCUCAACCACUAUUUCGGCAAGAUGUACACGCGCGAAGUGUCCGAGGGAGACGAAUCGAUCACGGCAUCCUGGCAACGAAUCCGACAUGGCUUGCACCUAUCGCUGGCGUCGUUGGGGAUAGACGGCGUCUCUCGCGUGAAGGCUAGCGAGCAGCGAGAGCUGCAGAAAAUUCUGGACACAGAGAUCCCCUCGUUGAGGCGUCAGGCCGCGCCUGUGCAGUUUUCGUUCUUUGGGACGAAGGCAAGAAAGUAGUGGAGAUGUAGCAUCGCUACCGCCAAGAAUGGUUUGUGUCGUGCUGUACAUAAAAUAAAUGUAAAAUGUACACUAUAUUUCCUAUUAUUCUUUCAGGAAGGCUAGAGGAUUAGGACUAGGGUUGAACCGACCUGUCAACGUCCUCCUGUAAAAUGUAGGCCCUUCCGUUUUGCGGGCUGCGGGCGUUUAGAUCCUCGGGUGUGUUGUAAUGUUGCACAUAAGAAGGGUCGCGAUUGCAUUUUUAGUUGCAAUUUCUCAGCGAAAUAUUUGUUGCGGGAUUCCCAAGUAGGACCGUGCUCCUCGUUUUUUGAUAGACACAUACAGCUAUGGCUUUUACCGCCGCGGCGGCAGCGUGGGGGGCAACGAACGAAAACAACAAACUCGUGUGG